AUGACGCUGAGGGCGGCGCUGCCCGCGGAGGGAGGCCUCGAUGACGAGGAGUUGGACACGCUGAGAGAGGUGGAGGAGCGUCUGGAGAGCAACAAGGUGGAGCUCGAAUACAAAGACCGCAAGAUUGACUCCAUACAGCAGGAGGUUAACGCCUGGGCGGAGAGGCGCCGCAUGAGGCGCCGGGACCCAACGGCCAGCGGCGGCGGCGCAGCCGGCAAGGAGGGUGGUCAGGGGAAGGGCCCGGAGGUAGGGGAGGCGCAGAUGAUCGAGGAGCUGGAGAGCGGCGUGAGCGACCUCAAGGGGGCGAAGGGGAUCAUCAGGGUGCUGUUCAGCAGCCUGGUGGCGUCCAGGCGCGGCCUCAAGCAGAAGACGGGGGCCGCGAAGGGUUUCCAGGAGGAACUGGACAAGCAGAAGAGGGCCCUGGAGGACACGCAGGAGCUGCGGCAGACGGAGCUGAGGAGUUACGACCGCAAGCUAACCUCCCUCACGGCCGACUAUGAGAGGAAAAUUAACGGCCUGAUCAACCACACCGGCAUGAGCGGCCUUCUCCACGCCGCCAUCGAGCGCAGCGAGGGGGGCGACGGGGGCCCGGCGGCGGCAGAUACCCCCCCAGGGGACGGAACCACGGGGUCCGCUGUGUCGGAGAGGCGGAGUUCCGGGCUGGAGUCUAGCGGCCGCCACGGUGGAGGGGUCGGGGAUACGACGCAGGACGCGAUGGCGAAGGUGUUGCAUGAGAGGUGGCUGUCGGAGAGGAAGAAGGCGAGGUCGCUCGAGUCGAGGCUGAAGGAGUCCGAGGUUCGGAUAGGCGACCUCGAGGAGGUGCGCAAGCACGAGCGCAAGGCCUUGGCCGACAAGGAGCAGGACGAGGAGUGGCUGUCUUACGAGCUCAGGGCCUACCGCGCCCGCUACAGCCAACUGAGAGACGAACGGGACCGCUUGAAGGUGGAGUUGGACAGGGUCCGUCGGAGCGCUAGCGGCACCGGCGUAUCAUCGUCGGGGGGGCACGCAGCAGCCGCAACCGCGACGGCAACGACAACGACAAGCUCGGGCUUGAACGCCAACAGCGGUAGCCAUCACGCCCGACACCCUCCCCCCUCAGCAGCGCAGUUCCUUCGCAGCCACUCCGGCUCAGGCCUAGCCCCCCCGCCGCCGCCGGUUGUGACGGGGUCGUCGUCCCCCACACAGUCCAAACCGCCGUCCCCCCCUCCGAGACCAACCAGCGGGCGAGGAGUUCCAACGAGGGAUUCGUACCACGGGCCCGGGUCCAUUGGCGGCGGGAGCAGAGGGUCAAGUCCGUCGCGACGGCAACAGGAGGCGGCGGCGGCGGCGGCAACGGGAGGGGUAGGCUUGUCCCCUGACGCCUCCGCGAGGACGUCGGUCGGGGAGCGGGCGCCCGGGGAUAGGGGACAGCACGCCGGCAGGAUGUCCCCGAGUUCGGGAGGGGGGGGGGACAGGGACGUUAUGUCCCCGGAUAAUCCCGCCUCCGACGUCGGCAGCGAGUACGACGACGUGGACUCGGUGGACGAGCAUGAGUCGGAGGGGGGCGGGGACGUGAACUUUGCCGGGGUGACGAGCGACCUUCAGGCCAUCCGUGAGGGAAGGAUGCCCGAGUCGAUGCAGCUUGUGGCCCGCGUUAACGCCGAAGCGGGUGGCAAGGUGUCCGUGUUCGACCGUCUGGCCUCAACCACAACGGAGAGUCGCAGGCAAAAGGUCAACGACCGGGAUCAGCUGCACGAGAAUCUACGGCGAAAGGCGAAGCAAGACGCUUUCCGCAAGAAGAAAGACUUCAAGGUUGUUCCCGGCCACCUGCCGGGGGCGAAUGGGCUACCCACGGGCACCACGGGGGGCCCGGGAGGCGGAGGAAGCUCGUCGGGACACGUGUCUGUCGCGGAUGCGAUCGCGUCUCUGGAGGGAGGCAGAAGCGCCACAUAUCCCGCGUCGUCUGAAUCGAGCCGUUUACUGUCCAACUACCUCCGCGACGGCACCGGCAAUGCGGCGCCGACCACGGGGCGCUGGAGCAUCGAGGAAGGAGGUGGGGGAGGUGGGGGGCAGGGGGGCAGCGGCGUAGCUUCUCAUAGCAACAGCGGCGGUGGCGGGGGGAGCAGCAGCAGGGGCGGGAUCGACGGCAGCAGUGGGAGUGCGGCAACAGGGCCGAAGGAGCUGUCCGUCUUCGAGAGGCUUCAGGCUCCGGCUAACCACGCCAAGCUCAGCGGUGGCACGCACAAGAAGUACGUGAAAGUGGGUGGGCCAACGACGGUUGCGUCGAGGUCGUUCAUGCAGCAGCACGCCGAGGCUGCUGCUGCCGCUGCCGCUGUCGAGACGUCGCGGGCAUCCAGCAAUAGUGGGUCCCCUCCCCGGGCGAUGUCGGCUACUUCCGGUAGCCAGGCCGGAUCGGACGAGAAGGAUCGAUCGGUCAACAGCGACGAAGCCCUGGGAGUUGUGGACGAGGAGGCGCUGGGGUUGGGGGGGAGGAGAGACAGAGAAAAGAAGCAGCUCGGCACUAGAGACAGCGGCGCCACUGCGCACGCCGCCGGGCAGCGCGGAAGCUACACCGGAGCAAGCGGCAGCGGCGGCGGCGGCAACAACGCCGCCAUCGGCGGUGCGGCGGGGGCCGGGGACAACUCGGUGUUCAACCGCCUCCCCUACAGCUACACCGAGUCGGAGCGGAAGCGGAGACAGCCGGAGGCGGCGCCGGCGCCACCGGCGAUCCCGGCCUCCUCGAACCCUAGCACCAGCAGUGUCGAGUUGGAGAACGGCGGCGGGCGUUCGGACGAGAGGGGGGGGAGGUGACAGCCACCGCUAGGAUAAGGCUUCGGCCCGUCUCCUUGUUGAUGUGGCAGGGACGGGGGGCUCGGGACGUAGCCUGAGGGGGGGGGGUCGGAUCGGAACAGACUUGGCUUUCUGUUUCAAAUGGAACACGAGGGUCCAGCUGUCACCGGGGUUUGCUGGUCUGUGCGGGGAAAGGGGGUGUGUUUGUUGCCAUGGUGGGGAGCACACAGCGAGCGAACUCAUACACCCCGCCCCGUGGAUGGUGGAUGGGGUUGGAGCCGCGAGGGGUAACAUGACGCUCGGUGCUUUUUUGCGGUAGGGUACCUCGGGGGGGGGGGGGGGGUCGUCCCAAGAGGAUGGGGUUAUUGGCUUCAAUCGUGUCGAGGGGUCGGGUUGUUGCUCAUCUUUAUGGUCGUCUUGGCGCUCAGUGACGGCACGGGUUGGUUGUACAUUAAAUACUUUGCGACGCGCGUGACCCAUUCUUUGCUGUGUGUAUGUAAAUCUUCCCGGCUUGUUGGCCUUGUGUAACGUUAAUGGUGGUCGUUGCUCCCGCAAUCGAUCAUGAGAUGAGAGAACAUCUGCUGCUGGUGCUUUUCGCGGCCUGCUGAACUUGAGACAUGAGUGAGGUGAGGUGCUUGAUUUUUGAGAGAUUGUGUUUGUUUGUGUGAGGGUUUCCUUCGGGUAUUGAUGCGCGUUUUUAUCGGGGGGAGGGGGGUUGAUGUGAAUGCUACGGUGGAGUGCUUGGAGCACGUCCGAGAGUAGUUUGUUUGGCUGUUGACGGUAGGCGAUGUCGCCGAGUAGUAUCACGUGGAGAGAACUGCUUGGGCGGACCAGAACAUGAUCGGUACAUGUAGGGCCAGCGGCACUCUAAGCGGCAUUUGUGUGUCUCUGUCCCUCUCUCAAUAGUGGGAGUCUUCUCUCCGUGCUCCAAUCUGAUUAGUUGGGCAGGGGUCGCUACAGCAUGGCAUUCCCGCGGCUC